AUGGACGUCGAGUCCUCGUCUCAGAACUCCACUGAGGAGACGCUUGAUGAUCAAACCUCAAUACACUCGAUUGAGACCUCCUCAACAAAGUUAACCAUAAUCAAAGAUUCGGUCGAGAUAUUCGAGGAACAACUCAAAAACAAUUGGGCUCGUCAAAAAAUCCCCAAAGGCAUGAAGAAAAAGUUUCAACAAACACGCGUCGCUCAAAAAACAGCAACAUCACGAAUCUUCUUCGACAAUGGAGGAUUUAAAGCUUGGUUUACAUAUUUUCUUGCGACGGAGGGAAAAGCUCACUUCAAAGGGCGACGUAAUAGAUCUGACACCAUUGCUGCAUUCCAGCAACUCCCGUUCGCAGAUCAAGCAAAUGUCGCGAGAAAAGUGGCCAGCAAACGGCCGCAUCCCAGCGUCAGCAAUGCCAUUCGCAACAUAUCCGAGAACUUUCAAGAUGCUGGGGUUUUGGAGGCUCGGUUGAAUGAAGUUCGGCAACAUUCCUCGCCCGCCGAAAGCUUAAUAGGUACCAUUGUGUCCUCUCGGAAUAUGAUGUCAGGCAUCGCUGAGAGAUCACAGGAAUCUGGAACUUCACAACAUCUGGUGCUCGAAGAAGCGUCAUUACUAGGGAUCGCCGAGGUUUUCGACCAGUACAUGUGUAGUGCGAUCAGGAAAGACGCGAUUCAGAGCGAGGGAUCCACUUGUUUCAAAGCCGCAGUAACUAUGAACUUUCCAUUUCACGGACUAGUGGACUGUCUCAUGAGCUUGGCUAUCUAUGAGACCAAGGUCCAAUAUUUAGCUAUGUCACUGUUCAAUGUUCACGUGGAAUCUGCAGGACAGGUGAGGUAUGUGGUUCUGAACGAGGGUGCCAAAUUGUUACCUAGUCCUGAAAUGACACUCAAGGGUGCGCUGGAUGAAGCUAUUGUUCGUACGCUUGGUCCGGAGAUAUAUGGAGCGAUCCAGGCAAGCCGAAUGCGAAGGAAGGAACUGGAAGAAGGAAAUAAUGUAACAGAGUGUGUGUCUAUGAUGCUUACCAGCAGACCUAAUGAAGGUGCUAUUAUCAACUUGUCUUUGGGUUUGAAAGGCGGCGCUCAGAUACAAAAAAAGCUAUAUACAUAG